CAUGUGUGGUAUUAAUAAAAACGACUGCAAACACAACAAAUAUCUAAUUAAAGUCAUUAUAGACAGCGAUAGGCCUUUAGUUCGGUUGGACGAAAAGGUUGGUAUCGUAUAACACAUUAUACUUAUUCAACAUUUUAUUCCUUACUGUUAUAUAUUUUUGUGAUAUAUUUAAGUUAAAGAGUUUUAUUAACUUGUUUUAAUCACCAUAUUAAUUCAGUAUUAGUUAAACAGCAUUAAAUAUAUUAUAAUCUAAUCAAGGUGAUUGACAUUGUUCAUAGACCACUGGUCUCAUCCAUUCACUUCCUUCAUACAUUCAUCUAUUGUUAACAUCUCUCUCAAAAUAGUUGCGGUACUAUUCGUGUAACUAUGAAAACAAUUCUAUUUAUUGCAUUUCUAUCCACCAUGGCCAUUUUGUGCAUGGCCGCUGAACAAGGGCAACAAUCUCAGGGUACAGUAGGAGGCUCUCCAACCCCUAAUCAACAACCUUCGGGCUCAAUGGGUACAGAGACCACAACCCCUCCACCCUCCGGAUCUUCUGCUCUUCUGUUCAGUCCAUACGUUCAUCUUCUUUGUAAACACAAUCCGGAAUCCGGUAUUUUCCGGAUCCGGUACAGGAACAGGACCGGACCGGAACAUAUUUUACCAUUGUCUACCGGAACAGGACCGGACAGGAUUAUAUCUGCUCCGGACCGGACCGGACAGGAAUUGAUUCAUGACAGGAAAAACUAA